UCUUAAUGUGACAGACAAAAUUAAUUAAAAUAAAAAUUGCAGCUUGCCCUUCUCUACUCUUGUCUUCGGUUACUCUAUCUCUCUCUCUCACUCUCGCAAUGUCCAUCAGAAUCAAAAUAUACCCACACCCAUAACCCACCAACCCACCUCAGCAACCUCUGCUGUUUGUUUCUCUGCGUUCUGUGUGUGUUGUGAGCAAAAGCAGAGCAAUGGUGGCACUGGCCAAUGCCAUUGUGGCCACGGUGCUGGUGCUGGUGCUUGUGGCGGUGUUUCCACUGGGAAAGGCAGAUCUGGCAUCGGAGCGGGCGGCAUUGCUGGCUCUACGGUCCUCCGUCGGCGGCAGAACCCUCUUCUGGAACGCGACCAACCAGAGCCCCUGCAACUGGGCUGGCGUGCAAUGCGAGCAGGGUCAGGUGGUGGAGCUCCACCUGCCCGCCGUGGCACUCUCCGGGCGCAUUCCGGCGGGAAUAUUCGGGAACCUGACACACCUUCGCACCCUGAGCCUGCGGUUCAACGCGCUGACGGGACCCCUCCCCGCAGAUCUGGCAUCGUGCAUCAACCUCCGGAACCUGUACCUGCAGCGCAAUCUGCUUUCCGGCGAAAUCCCAGAGUUGCUGUUCCGGCUGCCGGACCUGGUCCGCCUGAACCUUGGCUUCAACAAUUUCUCGGGUGGGGUGCCCGCAGAGUUCAACAAGUUGAGCAGACUUAGAACUCUUUACCUCCAAAACAAUCAGCUCUCCGGUCCCAUCCCGCAGCUCAGCCUGCCGGACCUCGAGCAGUUCAACGUCUCCAACAACUUCCUCAAUGGCUCUGUCCCCGACAAGCUCCAGAAAUUCCCCCAAGAUUCCUUUCUUGGCAAUUCCCUCUGCGGCCGCCCGCUCAAGCUCUGCCCCGGCGACGAUGCGUCUGCAUCUUCUCCUUCCGGCGACAUUCCCAAUAACAAGACCAAGAAGAAGAACAAGUUAUCUGGUGGUGCCAUUGCUGGAAUUGUCAUCGGAUCCGUGGUGUGUCUUCUGCUGCUCGUAUUCGCACUGAUUCUUUUGUGUAGGAAGAAGAGUUCCAAGAAGACCAGUGCCGUUGAAGUUGCAACCGUCAAGCAUCCGGAGCCCGAACUUCCAGGCGACAAACCAGUGGACGAGUUGGAGAACGGGCCGGGGCCCCACAGUAAUGGCGCUCACGAAAAUGGGUAUACGGUGGCUGCAGCAGCUGCAGCGGCUAUGGCGACAGGGAAUGGAAACAAGGCCGAGGCCAACGGCGGCGGUGGUAGUGGAGCCAAGAAGUUGGUGUUUUUUGGUAAUUCUGCAACAGCGGGGGCGGCGAGGCCAUUUGAUCUGGAGGAUUUGCUUCGGGCUUCGGCGGAGGUAUUGGGGAAAGGUACGUUUGGUACGGCGUACAAGGCGGUUUUGGAGGCAGGGCCGGUGGUGGCUGUGAAGAGGUUGAAGGAUGUGACGAUUUCCGAGAAGGAGUUCAAGGAGAAGAUCGAGAUUGUGGGAGCAAUGGAUCAUGAGAACUUGGUUCCUCUGAGGGCUUAUUAUUUCAGCAGAGAUGAGAAGCUUCUUGUCUAUGAUUACAUGCCCAUCGGAAGCUUAUCUGCUCUUUUGCAUGGAAACAAAGGAGCGGGGAGGACACCGUUAAACUGGGAAAUCAGGUCAGGCAUUGCACUUGGAGCUGCACGCGGGAUUGAAUACCUUCACUCACAGGGAACCAAUGUUUCUCAUGGAAACAUUAAGUCCUCUAAUAUCCUCUUAACCAAGUCCUACGAUGCUAGAGUAUCUGACUUCGGCCUCGCCCACCUUGUUGGCCCCUCCUCCACCCCUAACCGAGUGGCCGGCUAUCGCGCCCCUGAGGUCACCGAUCCUCGCAAAGUAUCCCAGAAGGCAGAUGUGUACAGCUUUGGCGUGCUGCUCUUGGAGCUACUGACCGGGAAAGCACCGACCCAUGCUAUCCUAAACGAGGAAGGAGUGGACCUCCCUAGAUGGGUCCAAUCCGUCGUCCGAGAAGAGUGGACUUCGGAGGUGUUUGAUCUUGAGCUGCUGAGGUACCAGAAUGUUGAAGAGGAGAUGGUUCAGCUGUUGCAGCUUGCAGUUGAUUGCGCAGCACCCUACCCUGAUAAGCGCCCUUCCAUGUCACAAGUGGUACAGAGCAUUGAAGAAUUGCGUCGCUCCAGCUUGAAAGAGGAUCAGGACCAAAUCCAAACCCAACAUGAUCUUGUAGAGUUAUAGAUGAUGUAUCUAUCUUUCUCCCCGUGAGUUUCCUCUGGAUUUGCCUACAGUUACAUUGUUUGAUCCCACUAAAUCAUGUGCUUAUGUUGUAUUCAGUAGCGUUGGUUCCAACCCAAAAUUUCUUUUGAGUUUCCUCUUUUUCCAUUAUUUUAAUCCUCAAAUUAAAUCUCUACUGUGUCAUCCCCCCUCCCCAUUUUUUCCCUUCCCAAUUGAUUUCCUGUGGGGGAGUUGAUGUAUCUGUUCCAUUAAUUUUUUUGCUUGUGGAUUCUGGUUGAUGUAAUUAUCACUUGUGCUUUAACAUGGGUUUUUACUUUUGUCCAAAGCUUGAAAUCGAAAUGUUAUAGUCAC